AUGAGAGGAGGACAAAGCAAAGCCCAGUGAGUUAGCGCUCUGUCAGGCAACAGGACGGCCGGCCGCUCAGCCCUCCGGAAGCAUGCUUCCAUUAUUGCUUCCUCCAGUAAGCAGAGCUUCCAAACACUGGGCCUGGGCUGCCGAGUGUGUGUGUGUGUGUGUGUGUGUGUGUGUGUGUGUGUGUGUGGCAGGCCUCUUGACCCCAGUGUUUCCCUCACCGGUGGGCUCCUCCUGUGCUCUCGGCUUAUUACAAACACAGACAGCCCAGCAGCCUUUCUGUCUCCCAUCCUCCCCCCUCCAUCCCAGUACUUCCCCCUCACCCCUCUGCCUCUCUACUAUCAACAGCCCAGCCAAACCCAUCUGCCUCUACUAUCAACAGCCCAGCCAAACCCCUCUGCCUCUCUACUAUCAACAGCCCAGCCAAACCCCUCUGCCUCUACUAUCAACAGCCCAGCCAAACCCCUCUGCCUCUCUACUAUCAACAGCCCAGCCAAACCCCUGUCUCUCUACUAUCAACAGCCCAGCCAAACCCCUCUGUCUCUCUACUAUCAACAGCCCAGCCAAACCCCUCUGCCUCUCUACUAUCAACAGCCCAGCCAAACCCCUCUGCCUCUACUAUCAACAGCCCAGCCAAACCCCUCUGCCUCUCUACUAUCAACAGCCCAGCCAAACCCCUCUGUCUCUCUACUAUCAACAGCCCAGCCAAACCCCUCUGCCUCUACUAUCAACAGCCCAGCCAAACCCCUCUGUCUCUCUACUAUCAACAGCCCAGCCAAACCCCUCUGCCUCUCUACUAUCAACAGCCCAGCCUGGCCAAACCCCUCUGCCUCUCUACUAUCAACAGCCCAGCCAAACCCAUCUGCCUCUCUACUAUCAACAGCCCAGCCAAACCCCUCUGCCUCUACUAUCAACAGCCCAGCCAAACCCCUUUGCCUCUACUAUCAACAGCCCAGCCAAACCCCUCUGCCUCUCUACUAUCAACAGCCCAGCCAAACCCCUCUGCCUCUCUACUAUCAACAGCCCAGCCAAACCCCUCUGCCUCUCUACUAUCAACAGCCCAGCCAAACCCCUCUGCCUCUCUACUAUCAACAGCCCAGCCAAACCCCUCUGCCUCUCUACUAUCAAAAGCCCAGCCAAACCCCUCUGUCUCUCUACUAUCAACAGCCCAGCCAAACCCCUCUGUCUCUCUACUAUCAACAGCCCAGCCAAACCCCUCUGUCUCUCUACUAUCAACAGCCCAGCCAAACCCCUCUGCCUCUCUACUAUCAACAGCCCAGCCAAACCCCUCUGCCUCUCUACUAUCAACAGCCCAGCCAAACCCCUCUGCCUCUCUACUAUCAACAGCCCAGCCAAACCCAUCUGCCUCUCUACUAUCAACAGCCCAGCCAAACCCCUCUGUCUCUCUACUAUCAACAGCCCAGCCAAACCCCUCUGCCUCUCUACUAUCAACAGCCCAGCCAAACCCCUCUGCCUCUCUACUAUCAACAGCCCAGCCAAACCCCUCUGCCUCUCUACUAUCAACAGCCCAGCCAAACCCCUCUAUCUCUCUACUAUCAACAGCCCAGCCAAACCCCUCUGCCUCUCUACUAUCAACAGCCCAGCCAAACCCCUCUGUCUCUCUACUAUCAACAGCCCAGCCAAACCCCUGUCUCUCUACUAUCAACAGCCCAGCCAAACCCCUCUGCCUCUCUACUAUCAACAGCCCAGCCAAACCCCUCUGCCUCUCUACUAUCAACAGCCCAGCCAAACCCCUCUGUCUCUCUACUAUCAACAGCCCAGCCAAACCCCUCUGCCUCUACUAUCAACAGCCCAGCCAAACCCCUCUGUCUCUCUACUAUCAACAGCCCAGCCUGGCCAAACCCCUCUGCCUCUCUACUAUCAACAGCCCAGCCAAACCCCUCUGCCUCUACUAUCAACAGCCCAGCCAAACCCCUCUGUCUCUCUACUAUCAACAGCCCAGCCUGGCCAAACCCCUCUGCCUCUCUACUAUCAACAGCCCAGCCAAACCCCUCUGCCUCUCUACUAUCAACAGCCCAGCCAAACCCCUCUGUCUCUCUACUAUCAACAGCCCAGCCAAACCCCUCUGCCUCUCUACUAUCAACAGCCCAGCCAAACCCCUCUGCCUCUACUAUCAACAGCCCAGCCAAACCCCUCUGUCUCUCUACUAUCAACAGCCCAGCCUGGCCAAACCCCUCUGCCUCUCUACUAUCAACAGCCCAGCCAAACCCCUCUGCCUCUACUAUCAACAGCCCAGCCAAACCCCUCUGUCUCUCUACUAUCAACAGCCCAGCCUGGCCAAACCCCUCUGCCUCUCUACUAUCAACAGCCCAGCCAAACCCCUCUGCCUCUCUACUAUCAACAGCCCAGCCAAACCCCUCUGCCUCUACUAUCAACAGCCCAGCCAAACCCCUCUGCCUCUCUACUAUCAACAGCCCAGCCAAACCCCUCUGUCUCUCUACUAUCAACAGCCCAGCCAAACCCCUCUGCCUCUCUACUAUCAACAGCCCAGCCAAACCCCUCUGCCUCUACUAUCAACAGCCCAGCCAAACCCCUCUGCCUCUCUACUAUCAACAGCCCAGCCAAACCCCUCUGUCUCUCUACUAUCAACAGCCCAGCCAAACCCCUCUGCCUCUACUAUCAACAGCCCAGCCAAACCCCUCUGUCUCUCUACUAUCAACAGCCCAGCCUGGCCAAACCCCUCUGCCUCUCUACUAUCAACAGCCCAGCCAAACCCCUCUGCCUCUCUACUAUCAACAGCCCAGCCAAACCCCUCUGUCUCUCUACUAUCAACAGCCCAGCCAAACCCCUCUGCCUCUACUAUCAACAGCCCAGCCAAACCCCUCUGUCUCUCUACUAUCAACAGCCCAGCCUGGCCAAACCCCUCUGCCUCUCUACUAUCAACAGCCCAGCCAAACCCAUCUGCCUCUACUAUCAACAGCCCAGCCAAACCCCUCUGUCUCUCUACUAUCAACAGCCCAGCCUGGCCAAACCCCUCUGCCUCUCUACUAUCAACAGCCCAGCCAAACCCCUCUGCCUCUCUACUAUCAACAGCCCAGCCAAACCCCUCUGUCUCUCUACUAUCAACAGCCCAGCCAAACCCCUCUGCCUCUCUACUAUCAACAGCCCAGCCAAACCCCUCUGCCUCUACUAUCAACAGCCCAGCCAAACCCCUCUGUCUCUCUACUAUCAACAGCCCAGCCUGGCCAAACCCCUCUGCCUCUCUACUAUCAACAGCCCAGCCAAACCCCUCUGCCUCUACUAUCAACAGCCCAGCCAAACCCCUCUGUCUCUCUACUAUCAACAGCCCAGCCUGGCCAAACCCCUCUGCCUCUCUACUAUCAACAGCCCAGCCAAACCCCUCUGCCUCUCUACUAUCAACAGCCCAGCCAAACCCCUCUGCCUCUACUAUCAACAGCCCAGCCAAACCCUUCUGCCUCUCUACUAUCAACAGCCCAGCCAAACCCCUCUGUCUCUCUACUAUCAACAGCCCAGCCAAACCCCUCUGCCUCUCUACUAUCAACAGCCCAGCCAAACCCCUCUGCCUCUACUAUCAACAGCCCAGCCAAACCCCUCUGCCUCUCUACUAUCAACAGCCCAGCCAAACCCCUCUGUCUCUCUACUAUCAACAGCCCAGCCAAACCCCUCUGUCUCUCUACUAUCAACAGCCCAGCCAAACCCCUCUGCCUCUCUACUAUCAACAGCCCAGCCUGGCCAAAUCCCUCUGCCUCUCUACUAUCAACAGCCCAGCCAAACCCCUCUGCCUCUCUACUAUCAACAGCCCAGCCAAACCCCUCUGUCUCUCUACUAUCAACAGCCCAGCCAAACCCCUCUGUCUCUCUACUAUCAACAGCCCAGCCAAACCCCUCUGUCUCUCUACUAUCAACAGCCCAGCCAAACCCCUCUGCCUCUCUACUAUCAACAGCCCAGCCAAACCCCUCUGCCUCUCUACUAUCAACAGCCCAGCCAAACCCCUCUGUCUCUCUACUAUCAACAGCCCAGCCAAACCCCUCUGCCUCUCUACUAUCAACAGCCCAGCCAAACCCCUCUGCCUCUACUAUCAACAGCCCAGCCAAACCCCUCUGUCUCUCUACUAUCAACAGCCCAGCCUGGCCAAACCCCUCUGCCUCUCUACUAUCAACAGCCCAGCCAAACCCCUCUGCCUCUACUAUCAACAGCCCAGCCAAACCCCUCUGUCUCUCUACUAUCAACAGCCCAGCCUGGCCAAACCCCUCUGCCUCUCUACUAUCAACAGCCCAGCCAAACCCCUCUGCCUCUCUACUAUCAACAGCCCAGCCAAACCCCUCUGCCUCUACUAUCAACAGCCCAGCCAAACCCCUCUGCCUCUCUACUAUCAACAGCCCAGCCAAACCCCUCUGUCUCUCUACUAUCAACAGCCCAGCCAAACCCCUCUGCCUCUCUACUAUCAACAGCCCAGCCAAACCCCUCUGCCUCUACUAUCAACAGCCCAGCCAAACCCCUCUGCCUCUCUACUAUCAACAGCCCAGCCAAACCCCUCUGUCUCUCUACUAUCAACAGCCCAGCCAAACCCCUCUGCCUCUACUAUCAACAGCCCAGCCAAACCCCUCUGUCUCUCUACUAUCAACAGCCCAGCCUGGCCAAACCCCUCUGCCUCUCUACUAUCAACAGCCCAGCCAAACCCCUCUGCCUCUCUACUAUCAACAGCCCAGCCAAACCCCUCUGUCUCUCUACUAUCAACAGCCCAGCCAAACCCCUCUGCCUCUACUAUCAACAGCCCAGCCAAACCCCUCUGUCUCUCUACUAUCAACAGCCCAGCCUGGCCAAACCCCUCUGCCUCUCUACUAUCAACAGCCCAGCCAAACCCAUCUGCCUCUACUAUCAACAGCCCAGCCAAACCCCUCUGUCUCUCUACUAUCAACAGCCCAGCCUGGCCAAACCCCUCUGCCUCUCUACUAUCAACAGCCCAGCCAAACCCCUCUGCCUCUCUACUAUCAACAGCCCAGCCAAACCCCUCUGUCUCUCUACUAUCAACAGCCCAGCCAAACCCCUCUGCCUCUCUACUAUCAACAGCCCAGCCAAACCCCUCUGCCUCUACUAUCAACAGCCCAGCCAAACCCCUCUGUCUCUCUACUAUCAACAGCCCAGCCUGGCCAAACCCCUCUGCCUCUCUACUAUCAACAGCCCAGCCAAACCCCUCUGCCUCUACUAUCAACAGCCCAGCCAAACCCCUCUGUCUCUCUACUAUCAACAGCCCAGCCUGGCCAAACCCCUCUGCCUCUCUACUAUCAACAGCCCAGCCAAACCCCUCUGCCUCUCUACUAUCAACAGCCCAGCCAAACCCCUCUGCCUCUACUAUCAACAGCCCAGCCAAACCCUUCUGCCUCUCUACUAUCAACAGCCCAGCCAAACCCCUCUGUCUCUCUACUAUCAACAGCCCAGCCAAACCCCUCUGCCUCUCUACUAUCAACAGCCCAGCCAAACCCUUCUGCCUCUCUACUAUCAACAGCCCAGCCAAACCCCUCUGUCUCUCUACUAUCAACAGCCCAGCCAAACCCCUCUGCCUCUCUACUAUCAACAGCCCAGCCAAACCCCUCUGCCUCUACUAUCAACAGCCCAGCCAAACCCCUCUGCCUCUCUACUAUCAACAGCCCAGCCAAACCCCUCUGUCUCUCUACUAUCAACAGCCCAGCCUGGCCAAACCCCUCUGCCUCUCUACUAUCAACAGCCCAGCCAAACCCCUCUGCCUCUCUACUAUCAACAGCCCAGCCAAACCCCUCUGCCUCUACUAUCAACAGCCCAGCCAAACCCUUCUGCCUCUCUACUAUCAACAGCCCAGCCAAACCCCUCUGUCUCUCUACUAUCAACAGCCCAGCCAAACCCCUCUGCCUCUACUAUCAACAGCCCAGCCAAACCCUUCUGCCUCUCUACUAUCAACAGCCCAGCCAAACCCCUCUGUCUCUCUACUAUCAACAGCCCAGCCAAACCCCUCUGCCUCUCUACUAUCAACAGCCCAGCCAAACCCCUCUGCCUCUACUAUCAACAGCCCAGCCAAACCCCUCUGCCUCUCUACUAUCAACAGCCCAGCCAAACCCCUCUGUCUCUCUACUAUCAACAGCCCAGCCAAACCCCUCUGCCUCUCUACUAUCAACAGCCCAGCCAAACCCCUCUGCCUCUCUACUAUCAACAGCCCAGCCAAACCCCUCUGUCUCUCUACUAUCAACAGCCCAGCCAAACCCCUCUGUCUCUCUACUAUCAACAGCCCAGCCAAACCCCUCUGUCUCUCUACUAUCAACAGCCCAGCCAAACCCCUCUGCCUCUCUACUAUCAACAGCCCAGCCAAACCCCUCUGCCUCUCUACUAUCAACAGCCCAGCCAAACCCCUCUGCCUCUCUACUAUCAACAGCCCAGCCAAACCCCUCUGUCUCUCUACUAUCAACAGCCCAGCCAAACCCCUGUCUCUCUACUAUCAACAGCCCAGCCAAACCCCUCUGCCUCUCUACUAUCAACAGCCCAGCCAAACCCCUCUGCCUCUCUACUAUCAACAGCCCAGCCAAACCCCUCUAUCUCUCUACUAUCAACAGCCCAGCCAAACCCCUCUGCCUCUCUACUAUCAACAGCCCAGCCAAACCCCUCUGCCUCUACUAUCAACAGCCCAGCCAAACCCCUCUGCCUCUACUAUCAACAGCCCAGCCAAACCCCUCUGUCUCUCUACUAUCAACAGCCCAGCCCAGCCAAACCCCUCUGUCUCUCUACUAUCAACAGCCCAGCCAAACCCCUCUGCCUCUCUACUAUCAACAGCCCAGCCAAACCCCUCUGCCUCUCUACUAUCAACAGCCCAGCCAAACCCCUCUGCCUCUACUAUCAACAGCCCAGCCAAACCCCUCUGUCUCUCUACUAUCAACAGCCCAGCCAAACCCCUCUGCCUCUACUAUCAACAGCCCAGCCAAACCCCUCUGUCUCUCUACUAUCAACAGCCCAGCCUGGCCAAACCCCUCUGCCUCUCUACUAUCAACAGCCCAGCCAAACCCCUCUGCCUCUCUACUAUCAACAGCCCAGCCAAACCCCUCUGUCUCUCUACUAUCAACAGCCCAGCCAAACCCCUCUGCCUCUCUACUAUCAACAGCCCAGCCAAACCCCUCUGCCUCUACUAUCAACAGCCCAGCCAAACCCCUCUGCCUCUCUACUAUCAACAGCCCAGCCAAACCCCUCUGCCUCUACUAUCAACAGCCCAGCCAAACCCCUCUGCCUCUACUAUCAACAGCCCAGCCAAACCCCUCUGCCUCUCUACUAUCAACAGCCCAGCCAAACCCCUCUGCCUCUACUAUCAACAGCCCAGCCAAACCCCUCUGCCUCUCUACUAUCAACAGCCCAGCCAAACCCCUCUGCCUCUCUACUAUCAACAGCCCAGCCAAACCCCUCUGCCUCUCUACUAUCAACAGCCCAGCCUGGCCAAACCCCUCUGUCUCUCUACUAUCAACAGCCCAGCCAAACCCCUCUGCCUCUCUACUAUCAACAGCCCAGCCAAACCCCUCUGCCUCUACUAUCAACAGCCCAGCCAAACCCCUCUGUCUCUCUACUAUCAACAGCCCAGCCAAACCCCUCUGUCUCUCUACUAUCAACAGCCCAGCCUGGCCAAACCCCUCUGCACAGCUAGGGCCACAGGAAAGGUAUGUGUCCUCACAUCAAAUACUCAAGUUGUGUCCCACAUUGCAUUCCUUUUCCCUUUAGCAAAUCAAAUCAAAUCUUCUUCAGUAGACACCACCGGGAUAUUUAUGUUUCCGUUCAAGAUGUUUCGUAAUAUGUGAUGACAGCGGCUCAAUAUGCUCAAGGUCAACAGGUCAACAGUGCUGCUGAAUGUCCUCAAAAAACAAUGAGCAGGAAACAAACUGCUUACCUUCACCACAAACACGGCUACGACUAGGAGUUUGUGUUGUCAUUCUUCACCACAAACACAGCUACGACUAGGAGUUUGUGCUGUCAUUCUUCACCACAAACACAGCUACGACUAGGAGUUUGUGCUGUCAUUCUUCACCACAAACACAGCUACGACUAGGAGUUUGUGCUGUCAUUCUUCACCACAAACACAGCUACGACUAGGAGUUUGUGCUGUCAUUCUUCACCACAAACACAGCUACGACUAGGAGUUUGUGCUGUCAUUCUUCACCACAAACACAGCUACGACUAGGAGUUUGUGCUGUCAUUCUUCACCACAAACACAGCUACGACUAGGAGUUUGUGCUGUCAUUCUUCACCACAAACACGGCUACGACUAGGAGUUUGUGCUGUCAUUCUUCACCACAAACACAGCUACGACUAGGAGUUUGUUGUCAAUCUUCACCACAAACACGGCUACGACUAGGAGUUUGUGCUGUCAUUCUUCACCACAAACACAGCUACGACUAGGAGUUUGUGUUGUCAAUCUUCACCACAAACACGGCUACGACUAGGAGUUUGUGCUGUCAUUCUUCACCACAAACACAGCUACGACUAGGAGUUUGUGUUGUCAAUCUUCACCACAAACACGGCUACGACUAGGAGUUUGUGCUGUCAUUCUUCACCACAAACACAGCUACGACUAGGAGUUUGUGUUGUCAAUCUUCACCACAAACACGGCUACGACUAGGAGUUUGUGCUGUCAUUCUUCACCACAAACACAGCUACGACUAGGAGUUUGUGUUGUCAAUCUUCACCACAAACACGGCUACGACUAGGAGUUUGUGCUGUCAUUCUUCACCACAAACACAGCUACGACUAGGAGUUUGUGCUGUCAUUCUUCACCACAAACACAGCUACGACUAGGAGUUUGUGUUGUCAAUCUUCACCACAAACACAGCUACGACUAGGAGUUUGUGCUGUCAUUCUUCAACACAUUCUUCAGCUUAUAUGCUCAGUUUUUUUAUCUAACCUAUCUCUUUGCCCAAAUCAAAUUAAGUGUAACAGUGAUCUCUCCAGUUUAUGGUGCAACUGGUGUUGAAUGGUGCUUACACCAGCCUAUAGAAUAAGCCUAACGUAUGUAUUGGAGAGACAUUGAGUGAGAUACAGUCAGUCAGUCAGUGAUCAUUCAUUCGAUUUGCAGCCAGGGGAAGAGUGUGUCACCUUAGUCCAGGAAAGCUUGCGGUAGAGUGAGGACAUGGAGAUUAUCUUUACAGCCACAAACAGAAGCUUUGCUGCCCUACAGACACUGCAUGGUCCUAUUAUUAGGCAUUGAACACAAUGGGUGGUGUCCAACUGUCUAGAAAUGUGAAAUGCUACCCACAACCCCUAAACACCCCCUCUAAAAAGUAAGCAUUCUUUCAUCCCACUCUGUUGUCUGUCUGUGUGCCCAUUCUCUGUACUGUCCUAGAUACUAGUACAGCAAACCUGUAGUGUUGCUUUUUCUUCUACUGAUCAAGCUAGGAACGGUAGUCUCCCCUGUUUGUUUUCUUAAACAAGCCUCUCUAUUCUUAAUUGUAUUGUUGUGCAUGAGUUGUCACACACACUAGCUUUCGACCUUGGUGGAUCUUGGCAGGGAUUCCCCAUAGUAACUCGUCCCUUUCUACUGUAGCUGCUAUCUAAUGAAUGACUCACUGCUUCUGAUCCUUGUGCUUUGCCAAUUAGGUGCCUCGUGAAAGCUAGCUACUACCCUUCAAAAAAAUAUAUAGGGCUCUGUUGGCAGCAUAUUUCUACAACCAUUUUAUUUGAAGGUCAUCUCACAACGACGCUCACCAGCAGUCUUUCCCUAUCAGCCCACAUGAAGAAGAUAAAGACAUGCUCUAGUCUCGACAUCUGGAUUGGAUCACCUGUUUCUCUCAGUGGCCAGCGUAAACUACACUACAGCACCUUACUGGGGCAGGAAGGAGGGAUCUCCUGACAUUCUUCUGGGCUUUUCUAAUAUCCUCUAAUCUGCACUGUGACUGUCCUCCUAAGCCUGAGGUUGUGUCCCAAAUAGGCCUCUGGUCGAAACUAGUGUACUAUAAAGGGAAAAGGAGUGCAGAUUAGAGGAUAUUAGAAAAGCCCAGAAGAAUCUCAGGAGACUUGUCUAAAUUGUUUCAUUAAAUCUAUGAGAAUAAGGUUAGUGAAGAGACAUUGUGACAGCACAAAGCUACAAUAAAGCAAUUUCAAAUUUUAUUGGUCGGAUACACAUUUAGCAGAUGUUAUUGCGGGUGUAGCUCCAACAUUGCAGUAAUAUCUAACAAUACAAGUAAAUCUAAAAAGUUAAAGAAUUAAGAAAUAUAGAAAUAUUAGCAAUGCCAGAGUCAGGACUAUAAAUAUAUACAGUACCAGUCAAAGGUUUGGACACACCUACUCAUUCAAGGGUUUUUCUUUAUUUUUACAUUGUAGAAUAAUAGUGAAGACAUCAAAACUAUGAAAUAACACAUAUGGAAUCAUGUAGUAACCAAAAAGGUGUUAAACAAAUGAAAAUAUAUUUUAUAUUUGAGAUUAUUCAAAUAGCCACCCUUUGCCUUGAUGACAGCUUUGCACACUCUUGGCAUUCUCUCAACCAGCUUCACCUGGAACGCUUUUCCAACAUUCUUGAAGGAGUCCCCACAUAUGCUUAGCACUUGUUGGCUGCUUUUCCUUCAUUCUGCCUUCCGACUCAUCCCAAACCAUCUCAAUUGGGUUGAGGUCGGGGGAUUGUGGAGGCCAGGUCAUCUGAUGCAGCACUCCAUCAAUCUCCUUCUUGGUAAAAUAGCACUUACACAGCCUGGAGGUGUGUUGGGUCAUUGAAAUGCAUUCCAGGUGACUAUCUCAUGAAGUUGGUUGAGAGAAUGCCAAGAGUGUGCAAAGCUGUCAUCAAGGCAAAGGGUGGCUAUUUGAAGAAUCUCAAAUAUAAAAUAUAUUUUGAUUUGUUUAACACUAUUUUGUUUACUACAUUAUUCCAUAUGUGUUAUUUUAUAGUUUUGAUGUCUUCACUAUUAUUAUACAAUGUAAAAAAUAGUAAAAAUAAAGAAAAACCCUUGAAUGAGUAGAUGUGGCCAAACUUUUGACUGGUAGUAUAUAUAUAUAUAGAGAGAGAAUAUGUAGGAUAGAAUAGUAUAUGUCCAGCAAUAGGUAAAUACAAUAGACCUUGAUUAGAAUACAGUAUUUACACAAGUGGGUAAAACAGUAUAUAAACAUUAUUAAAGUGACCAGUGUUCCAUGACUAUGUAUACUGAAUAAAAAUAUAAAUGCAACAUGUAAAGUGAUGGUCCCAUGUUUCAUGAGCUGAAAUAAAAGAUCCCAGAUAUGUUCCAUACUCACAAAAAGCUUAUUUCUCUCAAAUGUUGUGCACAAAUUUGUUUACAUCCCUGUUACUGAGCAUUUCUCCUUUGCUAAAAUAAUCCAGCCAUCUGACAGGUGUGGCAUAUCAAGAAGCUGAUUAAACAGCAUGAUCGUUACACAGGUGCAUCUUGUGCUGGGAACAAUAUAAGGCCACUCUAAAAUGUGCAGUUUUGUCACACAACAACGUCACAGAUGUCUCAAGUUGAGGGAGAAUGCAAUUGGCAUUCUGACUGCAGGAAUGUCCACCAGAGCUGUUGCUAGAGAAUUGAAUGUUAAUUUCUCUACCAUAAGCCGCCUCCAACGUCAUUUUAGAAAAUUUGGCAGUACCUCCAACCGGCCUCACAACUGCAAACCACGUAUAACCACACCAGCCCAGGACCUCCACAUCCGGCUUCUUCAUCUGCAGGAUCGUCUGAGACCAGCCACCCGGACAGCUGAUGAAACGGUGUUUUUUUUUUUACAACCAAAGAAUUUCAGCACAAACUGUCAGAAACCGUCUCAGAGAAGCUCAUCUGUGGUUUGCUGAUGUCAACGUUGUGAACAGAGUGCCCCAUGGUGGCGGUGGGGUUAUGGUAUGGGCAGGCAUAAGCUAUGGACAACGAACACAAUUGCAUUUUAUCGAUGGCAAUUUGAAUGCACAGAGAUACCAUGACGAGAUCCUGAGGCCCAUUGUCGUGCCAUUCAUCCGCUGCCAUCACCUCAUGUUUCACCAUGAUAAUGCAAGGUCGGCCCCACGUCACAAGGAUCUGUACACAAUUCAUGGAAGCUGAAAAUGUCCCAGUUCUUCCAUGGCCUGCAUACUCCCUAGACAUGUCACACAUUGAGCAUAUUUGGGAUGCUCUGGAUCGACGUGUACGACACCGUGUUCCAGUUCCUGCCAAUAUCCAGCAACUUCGCACAGCCAUUGAAGAGUGGGACAACAUUCUACAAGCCACAAUCGACAGCCUGGUCAACUCUAUGUGAGUUUGCAUAAGGCAAAUGGUGGUCACACCAGAUACUGACUGGUUUUCUGAUCCACGCCCCUACCUUUUUUUAUGGUAUCUGUGACCAACACAUGCAUAUCUGUAUUCCCAGUCAUGUGAAAUCCAUAGAUUAGGGCCUAAUUGACUUAUUUCAAUUGACUGAUUUCCUUAUAUGAACUGUAACUCAGUAAAAUCAUUGUUCAGGUCAGGGUACUGGGCGGAGGCCAGCUUGUGGUGACUAUUUAAAAGUCUAUUUAACUAUUUAACAGUCUGAUGGCUUUGAGAUAGAAGCUGUUUUUCAGUCUCUCAGACCCAGUGAGCAAGUACCAUUUGUCCCGGACAGCUAUCAUCUCAGACCCUCAAAAAAAUAUACAUUUCAUACAAUCCCAUAAAUAGCACUUUUUGAGUUGUGUUGUGCUCUCCCUGUCUCCAAUCUCUCUUCCAUCCCCUCCCCCUCCUCUUUUUCUUAUUCCGCGGCCCCCUUCUCUUCUCCUGCUCCCACUGUGGGGAAAUGUUUUGUGUUUGUGCUCUUUUCUCUUUCAGCCUCAACUCUGCCUGUCACUCCAGAGCAAGGCCAUUAUGUAAAUUACAAUAAUCAACUCCUCUGAGAAACCAUUCAAUCUCUCAAGGCCAUUCAUAGCUGAGUGGCCAGCGGCCCACAGGGGGUGGAGGCCUGGGGAUAGUUUAGGGGGGCAGGGGGAGAGUUUCAGUCCUUUCCAAGAACAUCAGCUUUAACGUAUUCUGAGCACACAAACAGUGCUCAAAGGUCAGCUAGCGGAGACGAGCAGAGCCGAGCGGCGGCCAUAGAUGUGGUAAAGGAGUCAAUGGAACACAGACGUCCCAUUGACCAGAUUGGUGCACAUUCAACAAAUCUGAUCUAACAAAGGGGAUAUUCGUCAAAUCCGUCAUGAUUUAUGUAUUGUAACAGGUCCACAAUGUGGUUACUUAAGUCCGAUUUGGAUAAAUGUGGAUGUUUUAACUGCAUAACAUUUAGAAGUUCUCCCUUUUCAGGUUUAGAAGAAGUGACUGCUAAAUGCUAACUCCUGUUCGUAUAAGAUGGUUAGCAUAGCUAGCACAGAAAUCGGUGGUGGUAGUCAAAUUCGUUUUUAACUGUAAUGCAGUUGAUUGGUAACGAUGACAUGAGCAUGUAUUGGGGUUGACAUCCAUAAAAGCAUUAUAUUAAAAUGUUUACCUCAAUAUAGUGUGAAAUACACAUAAACAAUAUCCUAAAUGUAGACAUACUUAGCUGGAGGGCAAUGAGGAGACUCGGGAUCUUUCCCUCAUGGCCUUUCCCCCACGCGUUUCCAUGGCAAUUCCAUUGUUUUGGUCGAGUUCGAUUGACCUCUUUACUGCAUCUAUGGGGUUGGGCUGGCCUUGUGUGUCGCACCGCCCGGCCCCCCCAACCCCUCGGCCACCCCCGGCCCAUCCGACCACCCCCGGCCCAUCCGACCACCCCUGGCCCAUCCGACCACCGCCGGCCCCUCCAACCCCUUGGCCCCCCCAACCCCUCGGCCACCCCCGGCCCAUCCGACCACCCCUGGCCCCUCCAACCCCCUGGCCCAUCCGACCCCCUGGCCCAUCCGACCACCCCUGGCCCAUCCGACCACCCCUGGCCCCUCCAACCCCCUGGCCCAUCCGACCACCCCUGGCCCAUCCGACCCCCCGGCCCCUCCGACCCCUCACCCACCCCAACUGUGCUUCUGUAAAGCUACUGUAUGA